CUCAAGCGUCUUACCAACAAAGACUUGGACGAGAUAUUUUCAGUAAAAAUAAUUAAUAAUAAUUACAUAAUACGAAACCUAACAGGCAAUGGCAGCCCACGGAUUACAGAGUGCAGUAUAUUAUUCAUUCAAUCAGCUCUGCGAAGAAAAAGCGUCAACCACAUUCUCUCUCUUUCUCUCUUUGAUGAAUCCAUGGAGUUCUACGCGUACCCGUCUCACUCUUUCCCCCCUUCACCAUCUUCCUCAGCGCCAGCAGAAUCUUAUUCAUCAAUCGGGUCUGUGGUGAGCAAGAUCAAGGAUUUCGUCAUAUUUGCAGUCUCUGCGGUGGUUGGGAACGUUUGCUCUGCAAUUCUUACGUUUUUCUUUGCUUUCGUGGGCACCUUAUUGGGGGCGAUAACGGGAGCCCUAAUUGGCCAAGAGACAGAAAGUGGGUUUGUUAGGGGGGCUUCUGUAGGAGCCAUCUCAGGGGCUGUUUUCUCAAUUGAGGUCUUCGAGUCAUCUUUGCUUUUAUGGCAGUCAGAUGAAUCUGGAUUGGGGUGUCUCCUUUAUCUGAUUGAUGUCAUAGCAAGCCUUCUGAGUGGUAGACUUGUACGUGAGCGCAUUGGUCCGGCUAUGCUUAGUGCUGUACAAAGUCAGAUAGGAGCUGUUGAGGCACCAUUUGAGGAAGUCCCCAAUAUCUUUGACACGGGUGGGGCAAAAGGAUUGUUGGUAGAUUCAGUGGAAAGGAUCCCCAAGUUUACUAUCUCUCGAGAUGGAAGUCUGGACACAUCAGGGGAUGAGGCUUCCUGUUCGGUGUGCCUUCAGGAUUUUCAGCUUGGGGAGACAGUUCGCCGUUUGCCACAUUGUCACCACAUGUUUCAUCUACCGUGCAUCGAUACUUGGCUGGUAAGCUAUGAGGACAUCAGAACUGCCAUCGAGAUGAGAUUUGAAGCACAUAGCUAUGGGAAGGAACGACAGCGUACACAAGAGGAUGUACAAGUACUUAAUCCAUGCGAAUGUCUUCAAAAAAUAUGCUCCCUGCUUGAUGAUAUGUCUAGAGGCUUAUGCUCUCUAAUUGAGGUACUCACCGGGCGAAUGAUAAAUUUCGAGAAAACAAAUUUGAGCAUGAAGAGGACAAUAAAAGAGUUGCUUCCAAAGAGCCUUUCGUCCCCUCAAGAAUUAACGAGGGAUGCAAUACAGAAAGAAGUGGAACACGUACUAACAGUGAGUGCUCUAGCAAAAGAAGUGGUGUCGAACUUUAUUCCAGAACAUGAAUUUGAUGAAGACUUUGCUCGUGCGUACUUGGAGGAUUUUGCAGGAAACAAUAAUUUUCUAUGUAUUCCUGAUGAUGAGCGAGUUGGGCGUUACCAACUUCAUUCUAGCAACUCUUAUGAUGCCAAGUCUGAAAGUAUUGGUGAGACAAAGCUGGUAAAGAGAACAAGCAAAAGGGCCUGUAAGGAGUCAAAAGUAGUGGACUCGAGCCACAAUGCCAAUGGUUUUAAAAGUGAAGAGGCUACAAGCUAG